AUGGCUUUGACAAACUUCAUACUGACUGUCGCUGGUGUAAGUGCGGUGGUUCUUCUGCUGAGGAGUGAUGUGAAGCAAUCGGCUACCGUCUUCAGGCGCAAUGUCAAACAUAUCCGUAAGUGGCUUGAAGAAGAAUCUGCCAAUGCCCCCAAGUAA